AUGGCCAAUUCACCAGAAGAAGUCUACGAAGUAGAAAAGAUCGUAGGUCAUGUUUUUGAGAAAAAGAAAAAUAAAACGCACAUCUUAUACAAUAUCAAAUGGAUGAACUAUGAUGAUUCUGAUAAUACUUGGGAGAAAGAAGCUAAUGUAUUUGCUGUUGAUCUUGUCAUUAAAUACUGGGAAAGUCUUCCAAAAGACUCUCCCGAUAGAAAGAUGUUUGAAAGCAUCCAAUCUCUACGCAAAAACCCUAUUUUGCUUCCUUCUAGUAUAGCAACCAAUCCCAAAUCAGCCAAAAUUACAGACAUUUUCUCUCAAGACGCAACAAAAAAAUCUGCUGUCGCUUCUUCUUCCUCGACACCACCGACAGAAGGACUUAAGAAACAGCAGAGUAUAGCUGAUAUUUUUAAAGCAGCUACUUCUGAAGUGACAUCCAUUGUAUUGGGUGCUGGAAAAGAUAAACAGCCUGAAGGACAAUCUUCUGGUAAAAGAACACCUACUGUAGUUGUCAAUGAAGAUAGCGAUGAUGACGAUGAUGAAGAGGAAAAUACAAAAGUAAACGGGACAAAUGACUCCAAGUUGGAUUCAAAUCGUUCUACCCCUGAUGUCAGACUGGGGACAGAAGUGGAUGAACUUGAGCAGAACAGUGAAGAAGUACCAGCUCCACCUAAGCGUAAAAGAACAGCACCUGCACGUUCUGAUUAUUUCCUUGAAGAACAUAAAAGAAAAAGAAACAGAGGUCAAUCUACCGAUAAUGAUGGGGAUUUAUCGUCUAUUAGCUCUGUUGCUAGUGAACCAAAGAACGCAAACAUCAUUUUUGAUGAAAGAUACGGUGUAGAUCCACCUAUGGAUUGGAAGGCGGAAGCAGAAAAGGUAGAAUAUGUUGGCAGAGAGAUUCCAGAUUCACCUUUAUAUUGCACUGUUAAAUGGAAGGAUGGCGUAAAAUCUGUUCAUCCUGUGAAUUUAGUUCGAGAAAAACGUCCUGAUUUGUUGAUUGAUGCUUUAUUAAAAUUGAUUAAAUAA